UGCUUGCCAGAGACAGGAACUCCACUCCCCUCCGUGUCAGGAUCGCAGAAAUUAUGCCCCUUCUCUCACCAUGAGCUGGCUCUCCAGUUCCCAGGGAGUUGUGCUCACUGCCUACCAUGCCAGCAGCAAGGACCAGGCCGUGGGGGACCAGGCCGUGGGGGACAGCCAUGCAAAGCAGGGAGAGGAACCCGCCUCCUCCUCCAGUUGCCGAUAUGGCCAGUAUGCCAUGAAUCAGGAAGGCACCCCUAAAGCUACAGAGCAACCUCCGUUCCGUCGAUUGAAUUCCCAGGAUUCCUUGGAUGAAAUGUCUAUGGAGGACUACUGGACAGAACUAGAAAAUAUCAAGAAGUCAAGUGAAAACAGACAGGCUCAAGAGGUGGUGGUUGUCAAAGUCCCUGAUGAGGGUGAGCUGGAAGAAGAGUGGCUGAAAGAGGCUGGCUUGUCCAAUCUGUUUGGAGAGUCCACCGAGGACCCCCAGGAAAGCAUGGUGUUCCUGUCCACCCUGACACGCACCCAAGCAGCAGCUGUUCAGAGGCGGGUGGAGACGGUCUCCCAGACCUUGAGGAAGAAAAACAAACAAUACCACAUUCCUGACGUCAGAGACAUAUUUGCUCAACAGGCAGAACCAAAAGAAAAAGCUCCGGAUGGCUCUGAAGUGCUGCCGCUCCGAACGAACGAAAACAAAGAGCAAGAAAAAGAUGAUCAGGCUUCCUGCGUCCUUGUUGGUGACAAGCAGCUGAUCCUACCUGUGCCUGAGGAUGUGCCUCCCUCUGUCACGGACAUCAACCUGGAGGUGUCAUUUGCUGAGCAAGCCAUCAGUCAGAAAGACAGCGCCAAGGACAAGAUGCAAAGGAACAGAGGCAACGAUGCCUCCUUGCCUAGUUUCAGAUUGCCAAAAGAUAAAACGGGCACCACAAAGGUGGGUGACCUCGCCCCCCAGGAUAUGAAGAAAGUGUGCUACUUAGCCUUGAUUGAGCUGACCGCCCUCUACGAAGUGCUGGGGGUUGAACUGAAACAACAGAAAGCUGUGAAAAUCAAGACAAGAGAUUCUGGUCUCUUUGGUGUCCCACUGACCAUACUGUUAGAACAAGAUCAGAGGAGAGUGCCUGGAACUCGAACACCCUUGAUCUUUCAAAAACUAGUUUCUCGGAUUGAAGAGGGAGGCUUGGAAACAGAAGGCCUCUUGCGGAUACCUGGGGCUGCCAUUAGAAUUAAGAAUCUUUGCCAAGAAUUAGAAGCAAAGUUUUAUGAAGGGACUUUUAAUUGGGAAACCGUCAAGCAGCACGACGCGGCCAGCCUGCUGAAGCUCUUCAUCCGCGAGCUGCCUCAGCCGCUGCUUAGCGUGGAGUAUCUCAAAGCCUUCCAGGCCGUCCAGAAUCUUCCAACCAAGAAGCAGCAGCUGCAGGCCUUGAACCUGCUGGUCAUCCUCCUGCCCGAAGCCAACAGAGACACGCUGAAGGCCCUGCUUGAAUUUCUUCAAAGGGUCAUAGAUAAGAAAGAGCAAAAUAAGAUGACAGUCAUGAAUGUCGCGAUGGUCAUGGCCCCAAACCUCUUCAUGUGUCACACCUUGGGUUUGAAGUCUGGAGAGCAGCGAGAAUUUGUAAUGGCAGCUGGGACAGCAAAUAUCAUGCACUUAUUGAUUAAGUAUCAGAAACUUCUAUGGACAAUUCCCAAGUUUAUUGUCAACCAAGUGAGGAAGCAAAACGCUGAAAGUCAUAAGAAGGAUAAAAAGCCCAUGAAGAAACUGCUGAAGAAAAUGGCUUAUGAUCGAGAAAAAUACGAAAAGCAAGAGAAGAAUACAAAUGACGCUGACGUUCCCCAGGGAGUGAUCCGCGUGCAGGCGCCCCAUCUCUCGAAAGUUUCCAUGGCAAUACAGCUAACUGAAGAACUAAAAGCCAGUGACGUGCUCGCCAGAUUCCUCAGCCAAGAAAGUGGAGUUGCCCACACCCUAAAGAAGGGGGAAGUUUUUUUGUAUGAAAUCGGAGGAAAUAUUGGGGAGCGCUGCCUCGACGAGGAUGCCUACAUGCAGGACUUGCAUCAGCUCAACCCGAACGCCGAGUGGGUCAUAAAGUCAAAGCCGGCGUAGAAGACAGCAGCAGCGCAGAUGACGGCGAGGCCUUCUGGAAUAAUUCUUGCUGGCUCAGGAAUGUACAGACAAGAAAUGGCGGGGCUCUCACGGUUCAGCUGUACCCAGCUAUCAAAAAGCAAUACCUCCAGCCUUAAAAAUGUACACAUUUGUGCUGCUGCCAGAAUGUUGAUUAUUAAUAGUGGAAAACAAAUUUCUCGAUAGGAAAGGGGCUUUCUUAGCUUGGGACUGUUUUCAUGUACUGUGUAAAACGCACCCAGAUGGGACAGUUUUGUUGUUUUUUUUUUUUUUUUUUUAAUAU